AUGUUCUUCACCAAGUACGUGCUGUUGUUUCUUCUCCAUUGCAUAUUCGUAGCAUCACAACAAGAAGAUGUUGGUUUCACCUACAAUGGCUUUCAAGGAGUUAACAUGACCUUGGACGGCUUAGCCCAGAUUACAGACAAUGGUCUCCUAACGAUGGUAAACACCACAAUAGCACAAUUCCAGGUAGGCCAUGCCUUCUACCCCCUUCCUGUUUCGUUCAUGAAUUCGUCGAGUCGUAAUGUUCUGUCCUUCUCUACUACUUUCGUAUUUGCCAUGUUCUCUGAGGUACCAACAAUAGGAGGUCCUGGAAUUGUGUUUGUGAUCUCACCCUCGAGAGGGUUCCCUGGUGCUUUGUCCGGCGGUUAUUUUGGCCUCUUCAACUUGACUAACAUCGGUAACUCAUCCAACCAUAUAGUUGGAGUCGAACUGGAUACCCUCCAAAACGCUCAGUUUAAUGAUAUCAAUGGUAACCACGUUGGUAUUGAUAUUAACGACUUGAAAUCUGUUGAAGUUGUUCCAGCAUCUUAUUUUAGUGACCAAGAGCAUCAGCGUGUGAACCUGAACCUCUUCAGUGGACAUCCCAUACAAGCUUGGGUGGAAUAUGAUGGUACAAAGAGGCAACUUAUUGUUUCUUUAGCACCAGUUACUGUCCCUAAACCAACAAUUCCACUCUUGUCUUGGAACAUUGAUCUUUAUAAGAUCAUAGUGGAUCCCAUGUUUGUGGGCUUCUCAUCAUCUACUGCUUCCUUGGAUGUAUCUUAUUAUGUGCUGGGGUGGAGCUUUAAGUUGAACGGGCAAGCAAAACCACUCUCUCUCUCCCUACUUCCUAAGCUUCCUCGAAUGAGACCCAAAACAAAACCGAGAAUUUUUACGACUGGAUUUCCUGUGAUCGGUGCUAGUUUAGUGUUUAUGUCGAUCUUCAUCAUCCAUUUUAUUGUAGCAAAGAAGAAGAAGUUGGCAGAAGUUCUCGAAGAUUGGGAACUUGAAUAUGGACCUCACAAGUUCAGAUACAAAGAUCUCUACAUAGCAACCAAAGGAUUUCAUGACAAGAAGCUUCUUGGUAUGGGUGGCUUUGGUAAAGUCUACAAAGGUGUAUUACCCACCACAAAACAAGAAGUUGCAGUGAAGAGAGUAUCACAUGAUUCAAGACAAGGGGUGAGGGAAUUUAUUGCCGAGAUCAUCAGCCUCGGUAAACUGCAGCAUCGAAACAUAGUAACACUCUUGGGGUAUUGCCGACGUAAAGGAGAGCUCCUUCUAGUCUAUGAAUUCAUGCCCAACGGGAGUCUAGACCAGUUCCUCUUUGAUCAUCAAUCCACAGCAACAAAGGCAACAUUGAAUUGGAAUCAAAGAUUUCAAAUAAUCAAAAGUGUGGCAUCUGCAUUACUAUUUCUUCAUGAAGAAUGGGAACAAGUUGUCGUUCACAGAGACAUCAAGUCCAGUAAUGUAAUGUUAGACAGGGAGCUGAACGGAAGAUUGGGAGAUUUUGGACUCGCAAAAUUAUAUGAACAUGGAGGGGAUCCUAAAACCACCCAUGUGGUGGGGACUUUUGGUUAUCUUGCAGCAGAAUAUGCUAGAACCGGCAAAGCAAAUCCUAGUGUGGAUGUGUUUGCGUUUGGGGUUCUUUUGCUCGAGGUCGCUUGUGGUAAGAGGCCUAUAAAGGCAGAGGAAUCAGAAGAGUGUCUUUUGUUGGUGGAUUGGGUGAUCUUAUAUUGGAAUAGGGGUGCAAUUCUUGAAACUGUGGAUCCCAAAUUAGAAAUGAAUUAUGAAGUGGAUGAAAUGGUGUUGGUGUUAAAACUUGGAUUGCUUUGCUCUCACUCCAUCCCAACUGCAAGGCCAUGUAUGCGGCAAGUUGUCCGGUAUUUGGAGGGAGAGAUUCCUCUACCGGAGCUGCCAUCUCUGACUUCAGAACCUACUGGUGAAGUCUCUUUUUGGUGUCCAUCUCUUGGUAGUAGAAUGAGUCCACUAUCAUCAAUUGCCGAUUCUCUACUCUCUGGAGGACGUUAA